AUGAUGGACACGACCAGUAGUGGCGGAACAGGCAACAGACUUACCAGGGUGACCAUCAUUCUUGCGGGAGUUGCUUCGCUGGUUGCUACUUUGCUCUCGCUGCUGUCAAUAUGGCUCCAGGCGAAGAACUACAGAAAGCCUUUGCUCCAACGAUACGUUAUUCGGAUCCUCCUUAUGGUCCCUAUCUACUCGGCCGCCUCCUGGGCUUCGAUCGUGUCGUUGAAGGCCGCAUUCUACCUCGACCCCCUGCGGGAUAUCUAUGAAGCAUUCACUAUAUACACCUUCCUACAACUACUCGUCAACUUUCUCGGCGGCGAGCGAGCGCUGAUCAUAAUGAUGCAUGGAAGGCCGCCCGUGUCGCAUCCAUGGCCGAUUAACCUCUACUUCUCCAAAGUCGACAUAUCCGAUCCGCACACGUUCCUUGCCAUCAAGAGGGGCAUUCUGCAAUAUACAUGGCUCAAGCCCAUUCUCAGUGUAGCCACCAUCAUUCUGAAGCUCACUGGCACAUACCAAGAAGGGUAUAUCGGGCUGAACUCGGGCUACCUGUGGGUAGGCAUUGUGUACAAUCUCAGCGUGACUGUGAGCUUGUACUCUUUGGCCAUGUUCUGGGUCUGUAUGCACGAGGAUCUGAAGCCCUUUCGGCCAAUGCCAAAAUUCCUGUGCAUCAAGCUUAUCAUCUUUGCUUCCUAUUGGCAAGGUUUCUUCCUUUCCAUUCUACAAUUCUUGGGGGCCAUCCCCAGCGACGUACCAGGAUACACAGCGGACAACCUGGCCGCUGCUAUUCAGGACGCAUUGAUCUGUUUUGAACUGCCGAUCUUUGCCGUUGCCCAUUGGUACGCUUUCUCAUGGCACGAUUAUGCCGACGUCACGAUUUCUGCAGCACGUAUGCCCGUCAAGUAUGCGCUGCGGGAUGCAUUUGGCGUCCGAGAUUUGAUCGAAGACACGAAAGAGACAUUUCGAGGCAAGCAGUACGAUUACAGAACCUUUGAUUCGAGCAACAACGUCAUUGCGCACGAGGAAUCCCAUUCCCGUGUCGCCAGGAUGAUGGAUGGCAUGAGAUACGAAAGAGGAGGAAAGGGAAAGUAUUGGAUACCGAAGCCCCAAGCCGCCAACAGCCGAACGCCAUUGCUAUCGAAAGAUGGCUCGUCAAGACCUCCUGCCCCCGAAGCAAGGGGCCACGCCCACGACUACCGAGCGACUGAUCCUGACUGGGAGAUUGGACUAGACCCAGAAGACGAGAGACUGUACAGCAACGCUCGAGCAUUGGAGUUUGGCGAUUGGAACUACCCAGUGAUUACAGCGCACGAAGCUCGACGUGAAGACUGGCUACACCGGGAUCCCCACCUUCUCACGACCUCGACUAACCGCAAUCUCUUCCAACCUACACGGGACCACAGGACCCGACGGCGCAGCGAAAUCCACCACAACAUCCAGAAGGGCAAGAACCGCAGCACCUCUCCCUCUGUACGCUCAAACUCGGUCGACCCACCUCCCGCCCCGGGCGCCAUCGAAACAAAGCUCAAGCGGGAGCAUUCGCCUGCUGGCUCAGGGAAGUCCGACCAAAGCCAGCUUGUCGACCUCAUUGUUGAAGACACCGAGGCAGAAGAAGCAGAGCGUGUGCGUGCAAGGAAAGAAGGGAGCGACGCUUGGAAUCGCGGCCAGCACCGGCACUUUGUGCGCACAUAUAGUAUUGACGCUGAAGCGCCCGAAGGCCAGGAGAUUCGACAGGGCUGGGACCCCGCCGACAUCCCCGCGAAGCAGCCGCCGCCGGAACACGCGGUGAGCGACGACCAGGAGAAUUACGACGACAGCGAUGCUGGGUCCAAGCACGGUCAGUCGUCUAGUCAGAAUAGUGCAAACGGAAGGUACGGGAGUUUGAUCGAAGAAGACAAUGUCUGGGAUCGAACGUGA